GGUUCUGUGAUCACAUUUACAAGGACGGAGACUAUCUGCUGCUGAUUCACAUCCCAGAGACGUAUGACUUCACCAUGGCAAGUCCGGCUGUUGUAGAGCAGCUGCUGAAAGAGCUGGAAGAGAGGGUGGACAAUCUGGAGAAAAAAUAUAGAGAGAAGUUGCUGUCGAGAAGAAUCUCUGGUAAAUUCAGAACAGCUUCCGGCAAACCGGGUGAAAAAAUCGUCAGCAUUGCUAAAGAGGAAAGGGCAACACUAAUUAUUACCGGCACUCGAGGCCUGGGCAAGUUUCGAAGGACUAUUCUUGGAAGCGUGAGUGACUACAUCGUCCACCAUUCUAACGUGCCCGUGCUGGUAUGUCGGUGGAAGACAACGGAAGACCACUCUAAGUAA